AUGGACAAUUUAUAUUAUAAUAAAUAUACAAGUGAAAUAUAUGAAAAAAAAAAGUAUCCUUUUAAAAAUAACAUUCAUGAGAAAGAGAAUGUUUUAAAGGAUGCAAAUACAUAUGAUUAUAUAAAAAAUUAUGUAUUAGAUGUUAUAGUAAAUUAUAUAAUUAAUGAUAGUAUAGGCCCAAAAUACAAAUAUCAUUGUGAAUCUUUUAACCAUAAUAAGAAUAAUGAUAUAUCAAAUUUAAAUGUUAGGUCACCACAAAAUGACUUUCUUAUUUCAAAAGUAUUAAGUAAAAAAUAUAACAAUAUUCCAAAAAUGGAUUUAGAAAAAAAUAAUAAUGUAAUAGUACAAUCAAAAUUAGAGCUUUUUUCAUAUAAUAAAAUUUUAUCAUUAUUAAGAAAGUAUGAAUAUGAAGAAUUUAGUACCUUAAAGGAUGAUUUUAUUAGGUACCUAUUAAAUAAUGCACACCUAUAUAAUAACAAGCUUCAUAUGAUCUUAAGUUUAAUUAUAUUGUCAUUUUAUAAUGCCAAGAAAAACAUGGGAUGUUAUUUUUUGCUUGAUGUUUUGAUGAAAACAAUAAAUUAUUAUAAAACAUAUAAUAAACUCAAAACAUGUCUUAUACUUUUUUCUCCCAUCAUUGAAAUGCACAAGAGACAUAAACAAUAUGUUAACUUAAGUGAAAUUGUGUUAAAUAUUGAUGAUGAUAAAAAUGAUGCUCAUAAGGAUCACCCUGGUAAUAGUAGUAACAAUAACAAUAACAAUAAUAAUAAUAAUAAUAAUGAGAGUUGUUGUAAAAACUUCCUCUUAAAAUUUGAAAGUACCAAAGAACUAAUUAACAUCAUCCGAAAAAAUCGUGAUAUUAAUUCAAGUACUACCGCUACUUCAAACACAUUAUCUACCGUUAGUAAGAAAAAAAGGAAAGAUGCAUACUACUUCCACAAGAAAAAAUUGAAUUUUAAGGACAGGCAUUUAAAAGAUGAUCAAAACAUAAGAAAUAAAGAUAUGAAAGAAUUGAAUUUUUUAAAUAAUGAGUUAACGAAAAAAAAGCUACUUCAAUAUAUAAAAAAAAAAAAAAAAGUGAAAAAGAAUAAGUGUCACGAUAUAACCCACCAAAAUUAUGACAAUACCUUUCAAGUUCAUUUUAAUAAUUCCGACCAAAGUCAAGGCAGACAGAGGAAAUUUUUACAAGGAGUAGUAGUAUCAUAUAUAAAGUAUAAUAAUUCAAAGUUUAAUUUAUCAUGUUAUAUAAGUAUGAAAGAUUAUAAUUUUAAUUCGAGCAUUAGAAUAUGUUACGUACCUUUUUAUAAUAACUAUUAUAAAAAUAAAAAUAUAUGGUACAGAUUAAACAUGAAGAUAUUUUUGUAUUGUUGGUGGUAUGUUGAGGAAGUAUGUUUUUCCGACUGCACGAUGAAUACUUUAGAAUAUGUAUCUAAUGACGAAGAGGUCAGGAGACUUGAAAAAAUAAAUUACUAUAAGGAAAAGUAUACUAAGAUAAUAAAUGAAGAAAGAAAUAAAUUAGAGAGAAACAAAAUUGUAUUAAAAAAUGAUAAUAAAUGGACAAGUGAUCAAUACGAUAAGAAAAAUGAUAAUAUUAACAUUUUCAAUAAUAAUAAUAUUUUCCAUAAUAAUAAUAUUUUCCAUAAUAAUAAUAUUUCCCAUAAUAAUAACACUUCCCAUAAUAAUAAGAUUUUCCAUAAUAAUAAUAUUUACCAUAAUAAUAAUAUUUACCAUAAUAAUAAUAGUAGUGAGAGGUGUCCUUAUAGGAGGAGAGAAAAAAAAUGGAAUAAGAUUGAUCCGAGUAAUAAUCCUUAUUCCUUGCUUUUUACAAGUUACCAUAAAAAAUUAAGAGGAUAUCACAAUAAUAAUUAUAGAUAUAAUUCAAGCAGCUUUAUCAGCAACUUUAACGAUGAUGGUAUGUCGACUAAAUUUCCUAACAGCAGAGAUGUGGAACCUGGAUACAAUAGUGAUAAUAAUAUUUUGUAUAGAAAUAACAAGAGGAAACGAAGAAAGAAGAAACGUUUGAAUGUAUGUAAAAAUGAGAAACAUUAUUGUAAAUAUUUAAGUGAUGAUGAUAUGACAUAUGAUAAUUAUUGUAAUUAUUUUUAUGAAAGUGUCGAAAGUGUAAAUGUGUCGAGUUAUUUGUAUUAUUUCAAAUUAAUAAAUAAAAAAAAGUUAAAUAUGAAAAUUAAUCAAAUGGAACAAAAACUGGAAUUUAAUUAUGAUGUUUUUUUAAUAUCUAUUUAUGAUAGUAAUGAGAAAAAACGAAAUAUGAUGUACAAUGGAUAUUAUAAUUCGGAAAUAUUUAAUAAUAAAGAAGAAAAUUAUGAUUAUGAAGAUUCAAAUGAUGACAACUAUAAUGAAAAUGAUGAUUACAAUAAUAAUAAUAAUAAUAAUAAUAAUGAUAGCUAUGAUAUUAUAGAGAAUGAAGACAUGUUACCACAUCAUCCUUGUCUAAAUUAUGAUCAUUUCAAUUUCAUAACCUGUUAUGAGAAAAUAAUAAAAUAUAAGCCCAUAACUACAAAAUAUAUUUUAUGUUGUAAGGAGGCUUUUUUCUGUUCCACUGAAGAGUAUGAAGAUGACGAAAUGAACCCCAAUAUAAAUAACAAUAUGAACAAUAUGAACAAUAAUAAUAAUAAUAGUAAUAGUAAUUCAUUUUAUAACCAUAAUAAUAACUAUUCACAUAUGGCAGAUGGAAGACGAAAAGGUAUGAAGAGAUUCGCAGAAGGUAAUCUAAAUAAAGAACAUCAUGGAUAUGGUGAGGAGGAAGAAGGAUAUGAUGAAUACCAUAAUGAAAAUAUUGGUAACAAUAGAGUAAAUGGGCUUUUAAGCAAUCGAAUGAUGAAACAAGAAAUUGAUGAUGAUAUGGAAAAUCAUAGGGAUAAUAACAUGCAUAAUAAUAAUAAUAAUAAUAGCAACAAUAAUAAUAAUAAUAAUAGUAAUAAUAAUAAUAGUAAUAAUAAUAAUAGUAAUAAUAAUAGUAAUGUAAGGGGAGAGGUGAUGAAUGGAUACAAUUACAAUAAUGAUCUUCAUUUAAAUAAUAUAUAUGUAAAAGACGAAAUGAAAGAUAUUAAUUAUAAUGAUGGUGAUGAUAUACAUGAUAUGGAAGAAGGCAAAGAUUUUGAAAGUAUUAUUGAUGAGCAUAAUGAAUAUAAUGAAGAAAUAGAUGUAAAAUAUGAAAUAUCUACAGAAAAUAAUGAAAGUACUACCUUACAUUUACCAAUGAAUGAUAUGGAUGUUGGAAAAGGUGGUAGUAUGACGGAUCAUGGAUUAAACAGUAAUAGUAAUUUUCUGUGUACAAGUUCAACAAAUGAAAAUGGUUUAGAUAUGAAUGUGUUAGAUAGCAAAAUGAAGAAUGGUACUAUGCAUAAUAAUAGUAAUAAUAGUAAUAAUAAUAGUAAUAGUAAUAAUAAUAACAAUAAUAAUAGUAAUAAUAAUAAUAAUAAUAAUAGUAAUAAUAGUUUGAAACAUAAAGCUCAACAAAAAAAUAAUAAUGAAGGAAAAGAAAAAGUCAAAAGAAGACGUAAAAAUCCAUUUAGUAGAAGUGUUGUGGGUAUGUCUCCUGCAAGUAAUAAUGAUAUGUCAAAAGCUUAUGGUGAUAUGAUGAAGGAUGGUUCAAAUAAUUUCAUGUACAAGAAUUUUGUUGUUCCAAAAAAGCCGAAUAAUUUUUCUUAUUUGAAUUAUAAGGAAGUAAAAGAAUAUUUAAAAGAUUUGACUAUACUAAAAAGUGGAGCAAAUUGGAAAACAUAUAAAAUGGAAGAUUUGCCAGCAGAAUUGUAUAAAAAUAUUAGACCAAUAAAUCAAAGAGUAACAGGUUUUAAAACGGUGCUAUUGGUUGAUGAAUUAUUUGAAAAAUUAUGGGAAUUCCCGAAUACAGACAUGAUCAAAGUUAGGACAGUAACUAGAGGAGACCAAUUUAUUGGUGAUAUUCGAAUCGAUUUUUAUUAUCGCCAGAGUGAGAGAACCUUAUGUCGUGCAUGUGGAAGGCACAUCCUUAAGCAGAAGUUUGCCACGGAGCACUACCAAAGGAAUAUAAAUUGCUGGAAAGAAGUUAUGUGGAGAUUGGGAAUACCAGAGCUACAUUACUACAACUCAGUUCGAAAUGACUUUUUUGAUUCAAGGUCAAACAACAUGGAAAAUAAUAACGAACAGGCGUUGCUGGACAGGACGUUAAUGUUGUAUAACCAAGAAUUGAUUAAGAAGGCUACCGAUUUUGUGAAUGAGGAAUUAAAGUAUUACGAUGAGAACGUGGUGAGUAAGCCUCGUAAGAGUAAGGUGAAUAGUUGUUUUGAAUUGGAUAUAUUAUUAUUGGAUGAUAAUAAUAUAAUAAUUCCUAGUGUAAAGAAUGAAGUGGAUGAGCCAUAUUUUGAGAUAGCAGCAAUAUAUCCUAAUAAUGGUUUUCCGGAUGAGAAUUAUUCUCGUAAUUUCUGUUAUAUAAAGAUAACAUUUAAUAAGUUAGGAGGCAUGGUGUUACGUGAUUUGUUUACUUUAGAAUGUGAGUUUUUGGUAGAUUGGGGAGACAAUCUAUUAAUUCAGGCAAAGAAGUAUACAUUACAUGAGGUAUAUAAUAAUUCUGAAUCUUAUGACAUAAAUUUAAGAAAUUUGUAUGAUCAAGGAUUUGCAUAUUUGAAAUGUAACGUACCUCAAAAGCCAAAUGGAAAGGUAAAUUUAAAAGUGCGUAUACCUAAAACAGUAUGGCAUUAUUGGGAAGCAGUAGCUGAAGAAUCAUUAAAAAUAAAUUAUGAGUUUUUGGAUAAGCACAAUGUUCAUAGACAGUUAUUAUUUUGUUCAUAUUUGGAUAAUAUAAAUAAAAAUUUUACAGCAUAUGUAAAGAAUUCAUCAAAGAGUGGUGGUAGUAACAACAAUAGUGGCAAUAAUAAUAAUAAUAAUAAUAAUAAUAUAAGUAAUAAUAAUAAUAAUAAUAAUAGUAAUAAUAAUGGAAAUGUGAAUGGUGGUAAUCAUCAUCUUAUGUCUAAUCUUAUGACUAAUAAUAAUAUGAACCUUACUAACAAUAAUAAUAACAACAACAAUAAUAACAACAAUAACAAUAACAACAACAAUAAUAAUAAUAAUAAUCAUAUGUUUGAAUUAAUGAACAGUAAUUUAGCUAAUUUUGCAAAGAUGGAAGAUGAUUUUAUGCCAAGAAAUUCAUAUAAUAAUAUGGAUAAAAAAUCCAAAAAUAAUGGUAUGCCACCACCACCACCAGAUUUAAUGAAUAGCAAUAAUAAAAUGAUGCCAUAUAAUUUUAAUAAUUUUUCUAAAGGACCUCCUGGUGGGGUUGUUGGAGCUCCAGAUCUGUCUAAUAUGUCGAAUAUGAAUAAUAGAUUAAUGUAUAAUCAAAAUAACAAUCCAAAUAAUGUUAACAAUAACAAUAAUAAUAAUAAUAUGUAUAAUAAUAUGGAUUAUGCAGCUGUUCUAAAUUCUAUGCCAUAUUCUAAUUAUCAUGCUUUUAAUAUGAACCAUGCUAUGCAAAAUGAUUCUGAUACCAACUAUUCAAAAAAUUUUGACCAGUUUAGUGGUCACCCAGAGUUAAAUUAUUAA